AUGGCCGACCCCGGCACCAAAGACCACCGCGACGUCCUCUCACUCGCAGACGACGAGAAAGAGAAGCGCGUGCAUCACGAGUAUCUGGCGCAAGAUGAGUCGCCGGCAGAUAUUCAAGCGCGAAAAAAGGAGGCUGCGUUGGUGCGGAAACUGGAUACGUUCAUCGCGCCGGUGAUGAUGUUGCUGAUGUUGAUUUCGUAUCUGGAUCGCGGCAAUAUCGGCUUUGCGGCGACGCAGGGGAUGACGGAGGAUAUUAAUUUGAAGGGGACGGAAUUGAAUACUGCAGUGUCGGUGUUCUACAUCUUUUAUAUUUUGGCUGAGUUCCCGACCUCCAUCGUCGUAAAGAGGCUCCAAUUCAAUCGCGUCAUCCCCGCGAUUACUUUCUGCUGGGGUCUGGUGUGCAUGUGCACUGGGUUCGUGCAGUCUUUUGGCGGGCUGGUGACCACGCGCAUCUUCUUGGGAUUCUUCGAAGGCUGCUUGUUCCCGUCCAUGACGCUAUUUCUGUGCAACUGGUACACCCGAGAAGAGCUCGGCAUCCGUGUCGCCUAUCUCUUCAUCGCCUCCGCCCUCAGCGGUGCCUUCGGUGGCCUUAUUGCUUUAGGAGUCCUGUACAUGGACGGUGUGAAUGGAUGGGCUGGAUGGAGAUGGCUCUACGUAAUCGAAGGUCUCCUAACCAUAGCCUGGGCAUUCUGCUGCAUUUUCCUCGUCCCCAAGUCCUAUGAAACAGCGUACUUUCUCAACGCCGACGAGAAGGCCAUAAUGCGGCUGCGCGCCGAACGCGCAGAAGCAUACUCCGGCGGCUCCGGCCACGUCUCCAAAGCUGACAUUAAAGAAGCCGCAAAAGACAUCAAGAGCUGGGCACACGGGUGCAUUCAAAUCGCCGUGGUGACAAUCCUCUACGGCUUCGGCACGUUCCUGCCCAUCAUCAUUAGAUACGGGUUCAAGUACUCUACGCAGCAGGCACAAUACCUUGUCGUCCCCGUGAACCUCUGGGGCGCCUCCAUUUAUGCCGUCGGCGCAUACCUCUCAGACCGGUACCAGUCCCGCUUCUGGCCCAUGGUGCUCUGUGCACCCAUCGGCAUCGCCGGCUACGCGAUCCUCAUCGCGCCGGUCUCCGCUGGGGUCGCUUACUUCGCCACGUAUCUUGUAGCUACCGCGUGUUUCCUCUGCACAGGGAGCAACAUCACGUGGCUGUCGGUCAAUAACGCCCCGGACGGAAAGCGUGCCGCGUCAAUGGGCAUUUUGCUUACACUGACGAACAUUGGAGGUGUGGUCAGUGGGCAGAUUUAUUAUACUGGUGCGGCGCCGAGGUAUGUGCUCGGGCACGCGUGGAGCCUGGGGUGUCUGACCUUCGCGUGGUGUGGAUGGUGGGUUGUAAGGGCGAUUUACAAGAGAAGGGAGAAGGAGAAGGAUGCUUUGUUGGCCACGGGGUAUGUCCGGCCUGAGGGGAGGAUGUAUACCGAUCGCGAGCCGGAUUUUAGAUAUCAGAUCUAG